AGCUUUUGUGCGCUCGCCGCCGCUCGCCCGGCAUACUUUUACCUCUCUUUCUCCUGAUUUUUCUGUGUCUUUUCAAGUGCUGACGCAAUUUCUUAGUUAUGUCUUCCUCGUCCUUUAACUCUGUCCUUCCUUCGAAGCUCAACAUGCAGGAAAAAGACGUCUCUUCACACGGUUUCCUUCCUAGGUUCCAACAUUUCGCCACGCAGGCCAUCCAUGCCGGCCAGGAGCCGGAGCAGUGGGCCUCCAAAGCUGUAGUGCCCCCCAUCUCACUGUCCACCACGUUCAAACAAGAGGCUCCUGGACAGCACUCGGGUUUUGAGUACAGCCGUUCUGGAAAUCCCACCAGGAACUGCUUGGAAAAAGCAGUGGCAGUGCUGGAUGGGGCUAAGUACAGUUUGGCCUUUGCUUCAGGUUUAGCAGCCACUGUGACUAUUACCCAUCUGUUAAAAGCAGGAGACCAGAUUAUUUCUAUGGAUGAUGUAUACGGAGGUACAAAUAGGUACUUUAGGCAGGUUGCAGCUGAAUUUGGUCUAAAGAUUUCUUUUGUCGAUUGUUCCAAAAGCAAAUUGCUAGAGGCAGCUAUUACACCAGAAACCAAGCUUGUUUGGAUUGAAACACCCACAAACCCUAUCUUGAAGAUGAUUGACAUUGAAGCCUGUGCACAGAUAGUCCAUAAACAUGGAGAUAUUAUUUUGGUUGUGGAUAACACUUUUAUGUCUGCAUAUUUCCAGCGGCCUUUGGCUCUGGGAGCUGAUAUUUGUAUGUAUUCAGCAACAAAAUAUAUGAAUGGCCACAGUGAUGUUGUAAUGGGCUUAGUGUCACUUAAUUCUGAGACUCUUCAUAGUAGGCUCCGUUUCUUGCAAAAUUCUCUUGGAGCAGUUCCGUCUCCUAUUGACUGCUACCUCUGCAAUCGAGGUCUGAAGACUCUACAGGUCCGCAUGGAGAAGCAUUUUGAAAAUGGAAUGGCAGUUGCUCAGUUUUUGGAAUCGCAUCCUCUGGUAGAAAAAGUUAUUUAUCCUGGGUUGCCCUCUCAUCCCCAGCAUGAGUUGGCAAAGCGUCAGUGCACAGGUUGCCCUGGGAUGAUCUCCUUUUAUAUCAAGGGCUCCCUUCAUCAUGCUGAGACCUUCCUCAAGAGCCUGAAGUUAUUUACUCUGGCUGAGAGUUUGGGAGGAUAUGAAAGUCUUGCUGAGCUUCCGGCAAUCAUGACCCAUUCAUCUGUGCCUAAGAGUGACAGAGAAGUCCUUGGAAUUAGAGACACACUGAUUCGACUCUCUGUGGGCUUAGAGGAUAAACAAGACCUAAUGGACGAUCUAGAUCAAGCUUUGAAGGCAGCGCAUCCUACAAAUGCAAGUCACAACUAGCAUUCCAGAAUUGCUGUUAGAAGUUGCUUCCUGAGAAGACCAAAACUUCUGAAUAAUUGAAUGGACCAUUAAAGAGCCUUUGCACAAUUUUCAGGUGAAAAUUCCAAGGCACCUCAUAACCUUUCACAACUAUAAUCUUCUAGAGAUCAUCCCUGAUAAAAAGUUUCCCUUUUGUAAUUGACAGAUAAUUCUGUUAAUGUCUUUUUGUUAAUUUGUGUCUGAAGUAGGUGAUAUUUGUGCUGCUGUUGGAGAUUGUGUUCUUUUUUCAAGCUUAAGGUUUAUAUUGAUCAUGUUUACAGUAUAGUGGUAAUUCAUUUUGAUGUUUUCUGAGGAGUUUAAAUUAUUAAAUGAAUAUUCUUAAAUCUAGUGUGAUUUUUGUAUAUUGUUGGAAACAGCACUCAAAGUGAUGGUUUACACUUAAUUACCAUAAGCCAAAAAUUAAAUAUCUGAAAAGUCUGUGAAAUUCUACUGAUUCAAGUUUGUACAAUUAAAAAAAAUAAAUAUAAUUAUCAAAUGCA